AGUAGCAGUUUCCUUCCAGGCUGGGUUUGCCACAGGCAGGUAGAAUGGGGUACAGCCUGGGCUUUGCCCUCCUGUGCUGGGCAGUCAGUGGGGUGACCUGUUUCAAUCCUUGGGAUUUCUCUAGAAGUGACUCAGCCAUCUGGAGACCCACCCCAAGGGCGGAGCCCCCUCGCAGACAAGCCCAUGUGCCCUCUCUUGCUCAGCCUUACCCCUGGGCUUGGGUUGAUGCAUCCCAGCUCAGGGCUGUGUCCCCACUGCAGCCUGUCAUAGUGCAGUGUGAGGAGGCUCAGAUGGUGAUCACUGUGCACAGGGAUCUGUUUGGGACAGGGCAACUGGUCAAAGCUGCUGACCUGAGCCUUGGCUCAGCUGCCUGCCAGUACAUGUCCCUUAAUGCUGCAGAGAACACAGUGACCUUUGCAGCUGGGCUCCAUGAAUGUGGCAGCACCUUGCAGAUGACCCCGAACUCCCUAGUCUACAGUACAAGCCUGUUCUACAACCCAACUCCUGCCAGCAACCCAGUGAUCCAGAGAACCAGUGCAGCUGUGAUUCCUGUUGAGUGUCACUAUCCCAGGAAGGACAAUGUGAGCAGCAGAGCCAUCAAGCCAACAUGGGUUCCCUUCAGCUCUACCCUGUCUGCAGAGGAGAGGCUGGAUUUCUCUCUGCGCCUGAUGAAUGAUGACUGGAGCGCUGAGAGACCCUCCAAUGGAUUCCAGCUGGGAGAAGUCAUGCAUAUCCAAGCUGAUGUCCACACUGGGAACCAUGUAGCUUUGAGGCUCUUUGUGGACAGCUGUGUGGCAACCCUGGGCCCAGACAGGGACUCCUCUCCCCGCUAUGCUGUCAUUGACUUCAAUGGCUGCCUGGUGGAUGGGAGAUCAGAUGACACCACCUCAGCCUUUGUAUCCCCCAGGCCCAGGCAGGACACACUGCAGUUCAUGGUGGAUGUGUUCAGGUUUGCAGGAGAUGCCAGUGACUUGAUCUAUAUCACCUGCCACCUGAAAGUCACCGCAGCUGAACAAGCCCCAGAUGCCUUGAACAAGGCUUGUUCCUUCAACAAAGCAGGCAACAUCUGGUCUCCAGUGGAAGGCACCAGACAGAUCUGCAGCUGCUGUGAGACAGGGAACUGUGGGCUAGUUGGAGGACAGUCCAGGAGUGUGAACCCUCUGGACAGAUGGUCAGGGAGGCGCUUCCUGAGAGAUGUGCCCCCCAGGCAUGGUGCCUCCUGGGGGAGAGAAGAUCAGGCUGAUGUUGUGGUUGGACCAUUGUUCAUCCUCAAUCAAGGCUCAAAGGGUCUCUUAGAACAUCAGCUGGAAGCACUACAGGGUGCUGCAGAGGAGCAGAGCAUAAAGGUGGGCCUGGUUUCCAUGGCAGCAGCCAUAGCUCUGGCCUGGUUUCCAUGGCUGUGGCUGUAGCUCUAGCCUUUCUUGUCUUACUUUUGUUGCCUAAGAGAACAAUUAACUGUUUACUUCCUUGGCUUUACUCUUGUGACUUGUCUAAUAAAGCAUGAAAAUGGGAUUCUGUGCUAAUGCUGAAUUCCUCCUCCGUAGCGGGGAGGAGAAUGCACUCUGGAUUGGGCUGUGGAGGAGGCAUGCUCCUCUUAUGAUAAAACUACCCCUGAGAGGGUGGGAAAAGUGGUGUGAACAGGUAAUGGAGAUGCAUAAUGCCUGGCCAGCAGGGGGUGUGUGUAUGUCCGUCUGUCCGUGCCCUGGUCCCCUGUUGGCAAUGCUUGGGAUAUCUUCAUACUA